AUGUUCGAUAAGUUACCAUAUGAGAUUUUCAAACAAAUUGCCUGCAGAAUUCCUCAGGAGGAUAAAAUUUCGUUGACGUACGUGUGUAAAAGAUCGUAUGAAUCAAUUAUACCUUUCAUCUACCAAAACAUAUUUCUUAAUGAAACAUAUCAUGUCAGUGGUGACUAUGAUAACUCAUUUGGAACUUGUGAUUGGUCAGUCUUGAACUUUCCCUUCAUAGAUGAGGACGAUCCCAAUACUACAAAUGACAUAUCAAAUAGAACACUAGCUAAACUGAAAUUCAGUUAUUUCGAAAGGACAUUAGCAGAAUCUCCAAACAGAUUAUGUCCUUUGAUUAAUCGAAUACGUUGUACAUGGCACUUAAAUGAAGACGUGAUGUCAAAUGUACUUAAAUUAUUAUCCGAUUAUGGAUCCAAUUUGAAAUUUGUCGACCAAUUUGUUCGUUCAUCAGUUAACAAAGGCCUGGAACCUUUAUCAAAACAGUUGAAAACCCUAACUUUGACGCCGCCAACGGUAAUGCCCACUCAUAACAGCAUAAGAAGCUCUUAUUUGAAUGAGAUUGAUCGUUUUUUCCUGAAGUGUGACUUAUCUCGGUUAGAAAAACUAUCCAUUCAUAUUAAUGCAUUGAAGUACUUCAAAAAUAUCAGAGCUCCUAUGAAAAUUAAGGCAUUGGUUUUAAAUUUACGACCUGACACACUUGACCUUGCGGGAUACGAUGCUUCCGGUGAACUUUUUAAAGAGCUAGAAUACAGUGACAUCUUUGAUACUUCCACAUUAAAACAGCUAGAGAUUCUGUCUUGGUACAGUCGCGAUGACUUUCCCUCAGAGGAUGAAGGCGGUUUUGAUAGAUUAUACGUUCAAUGGGGGCUAGAAGGAUUUUGGAAAUUUCCGAAGAUUGAGAACCUAUCGCUAGCAUCAUUAGUCUACAACGAAUUUUUUUUAAUGAAUUGUUUGGCUGUUUUCCACAAUUUAAAGAGAUUGAAACUUGAUUAUAUGGGUAAAUUUGAAUUCGAUGUAUCAUUGAUCACAUUCUUAUCUAAGCAAGUAUGUGGCAAAAAAUUGCAGCGUUUCGAUAUACACUGCGAACUAAGCCACCGAUUAUUUUUUCCAACGACAGAUAAUCCACUAAUGCGGUUGACUUUUGAUGGUUUCUGUCCUUGUUCAAGUUGCAAAAAGACAAUUCACGAGGUAAUUCUGAAAAAAAUCUUUCCUGAAACUCGGUUAAAACUCGUAAGGAACCCAAAUAAGUUCCAAACUCGCAAUUUUUUUUACCAAAUGUUUCUCGAGGACAAGAUUAUGCCUUAUACAAAUAUUGUUGACAAUGAAACACCUGCGAUGGGAUGGGAUUCCGUACCUAUUGAAACGUUUGUACGGAAGUUUAACAAAAAUCUGCAAGAUACCACCAACAAUGCUGAGAAUAUACCAAUUGAUAAAAUUACAAGAGAAGACGCCAUUCGUUUGUACCACUUAUAUCUUCAUUAUCUACAAGACGUCUUUAAGGUUUUUGAGCAAGGCUUGCCGAAUUUAGAAUUUCUAACGAUAAACGGUAUACCUACAAAGAUAAUACAAGUAGACGAGUUACAAAGAUGCGCCGUACCACUCUUUUAUAACAAUGGUUAUAAAAGUAAUUCUGUUUAUGAAUUGGUGGACGCUGAAGCUCUAUUUAGUUAA